AUGCGACGCAUCUUUAUUGAUAGUCGAGACCGCCGACCAUCAUUGUUAUCAUUCUCGACGUUGCGACUACCAAUACUGAUUGCUCUGCUCGCCUCGAGCACUGGUUUCUGUGAUUCGUUGGUACCCACAACUUCAGUGUUAUCCAGACCUUUGGCUACUUUAGUCCCACCCACGCGACACUCUGCCAUGCCAUUUCUAAAGCUUUCUCGUCAAGCACCGGAUGAUGUGGAAGCAGGCGAACAAACUCAGUUACUACCCUCGAAGACAAACAUUGAUGAUCCAACCGCGCAGAAAAGAAGUGUGUCCAAGGAAUAUGGUUCCACGGGGGAAGCUGUAUUGGACUUGGCCAUUCCAGCAUUGGGUGCUCUGCUCAUUGACCCCAUAAUGACGCUCAUCGAUACAGCUUUCGUGGGUCGAUUCAGUGAUACACCCGAUGCAUUGGCGGGAAUGGGGUCAGCUGCCGCCUUGCUGACGUUUUCAUUCUACCUUUUUGGCUUUUUGACCAAAGUCACGACACCACUGGUAUCCUCGAAACGGGCAGCGGGCAAUGAAGCUGGCGCAGUUGCAAUCGGAGGACAGGCACUGUCGUUGGCGUUGGGAAUGGGAUGUAUGCUGACGCUCGUCUUGCUGGCAUUUCAAGACAAUCUACUCGGAAUCAUGGGGGCUGUCAAUGCAGGACCCGAAACACUCGGCUAUGCCAAAGAUUUUCUGAUUGUGCGGACAUUUGCAGCUCCAGCAGUAUUGUGCAUAUCCGCUUCGACAGGAAUCCUUCGUGGUUAUUUGGAUACAAAAACACCGAUAGUGAUUCUGGUUGCCGCCAACCUCAUCAAUUUUGCAUUGGAUGUGGUUCUCAUUGUGUUUGGGCACAUGGGUCCCAUGGGUGCUGCCAUUGCAACAACCAGUGCAGAAUGGAUCGGUGCCCUCCUUUUUCUCUUUGUGUUGGCGGGACGCUUGCCCUCCGCAGCCGGAGAACUGGGGAGCAACCACAAAGACAGCAACGCGGCCAAAGCGCUACAGGGUGAUUCUCUUGCCAUUCUGCCAUCCUUUUCCAUACCACCUUGGGAAGAGAUUGAACCAUUGGUAACUGCAUCUUCCUCGGUGUUUAUGCGGUCAUUGGUAUUGCAGGCUGCCUUGUCUUCGGCCGCUGCUCUUGCCGCUCGGAACGGGGACGCUGAUGCUGCCGCGAGUCUGGGAGCACACCAGAUUGGCAUUCAACUGUGGCUCUUGUGUUCCUUCAUCUCGGAUGCUUUGGCUGCGGCCUCUCAGGGGUUGGUAGCAGAUGCCCUAGGACGAGAUAGCAAGUCUGAUGCUCGGGAGGUGGCCAAGACAGUCUUUGGCUACAGUUUGGGCUUGGGUCUGACGCUGGGGUCACUGCUGUACAUUGGCAGCGCCUCAAACUUUUUGUUUACUAUUUUCACGCAAGAUGCUUCCAUUCAGCAAGAAUUGGGCCGCAUUUUGCCAUUGAUUAUCUUUUCCCAGCCACUCAACUCCUAUGUGUUCGCCGCUGAUGGAGUCAUUGAGGGCGCCGCAGAAUUCACUUUUCAGGCGCAGAGUAUGUUUGUGAGUGUCGCUGCUGCUCUGGCUGUCUACAUGUCUCUGAUGGGCAUGGACUAUAGCAAUGGUGAUACCCUGGUUCAAGUGUGGACGGCUCUGAUUGUGUUGCAGUUGUUUCGUGGCAUUACGGCGUCUUGGAAGAUUGCCCAAAAGGCAGGGCCCAUUGACAUUUUGACUGCAGGUACUUCCAGCACAGAGAGCAGAUAG